UGCUGAUAUACUGCUUCAUUACACCGGUUAUCUCCUGCCCGUUUCCGUCGCUCGGACUGUUAUUGAUAAUGUGAGACGCGGCGCAACAAACGGUCGCAUCGGUUUAGCUCGGUUUUCCUCCGUUUUGCGACCGCGGGUUACGAUUUGAUUACUAAAUCUAGCAUUGAAACAUCUCGGAUAACUGCGCGCACCCGCUCCGCCUGCAAGGGGAGAUCAGUCGCACGCCGAGACCAGGAUCACAAUCAAUGAACACAGACAGAGAUUUCCCGAUGAUGAGGAAACAGGAGAGGGCGCAUUUUUUCAGCUCCAAAGAGCAAGAACUCAUACUGAAGUUGUAUGAAGAGGAGAGAGAGAUACUGACAGCCAAAUCCAACACCACCAGUGCCUCCAAACUGAGAGAAGAAGCCUGGCAGAGAAUUGCUGAUCAAAUAAAUGCGGUGUCGGACAGCGGCUACAAAAGGACCUGGCAGCAAGUGAAAGUCAAGCACAAGAACAUAGUGCAAACAGCCAAAAGAAGAAGGGCAGAGGUGAUCAGGAACGAGGAGGGAUCGGCAACCCCGUCCCUGACUUCUGCUGAGGAGGAUGUACUGCACCACAAAGACAGCAGGCUCAAAGUGGAGGUCCUUCCCGGAGCUGCCUGUAUCGACCCAAUAACUGUAUCCGACAACUCGUUUAUGAGUGUGUCGGGUCAUCCUGUCCUCCUGCUGCCUAUAGCAAAGACUGAACCGGAGAGCCUGAGCAGUGACGAAACAGAUGUUAGUGACGAUCAUUUUGAAGGGGAUGUGCACAUUAGCAGCUUCCAGGAGAGGGCCAACUCAGUCGGUGCUACAGCUGGUGGCAGAAGUGCAGAGAGGCAGACGGACGAUGUAAAGGCCCUUUACUGCUGCUACCUCAAAAAGGAGAUCGAGAACCGGGACCAGGAGAUGGCAUACAGAGCACUUAAGAUGAGGAAGCUGGAGAAAGAAAUCUUAUUACUUGAUAAGCAGCUGAUGUGA